UGCUAGGAGGGACCAAUAUGUGAUUAAAUUGGAAGUGACAAAACGUCACUAACUUGACCAAACAAAAAAUACAAAAAGAGAAAGGGCACAUAGGCUUGAAGGAUCAGAAAAUCCAAUAAUUCUUAAACCUUUUUUCCUCCUAAAGCAAGUAACUCUCGCUUUAGGACCAACUUAAAUUCCCAUUUAUCCAAAAGAGUCACUGCCAUACAGCUGCCUAACAUCAAUAAAAUAAAAUAUCAUCGUUCUUGGUUCCUGGUCAAGUUUAGCACACAUUAAACUUGCGGAUCCAAAUUCUCCACGACCACCCAGUUUUGAAUAUAAGAGUUUAUGGGGAUAGAAUCCCAUAUUUCCAUUUGUCUUUCUUUCUUGUGUUUGAGCCAAAUUUGACAGAAAUGGGGUCAAGAGGGCACGUAGUGAUGCUCCCAAUGAUGGCUCAUGGUCAUUUAAUACCAUUUCUUUCACUGGCAAGACAAAUCGAACAAAGAAGUGGCUUCACAAUCACCAUUGCAAAUACCCCUCUCAACAUCCAAUACCUUCAAUCCACUAUCACCUCCCCUGAACCCAACAUUCACCUUGUGGAGCUACCAUUCAUUAAUACUGACCAUGGACUCCCACCCAACACAGAGAACACAGAAGACUUGACUCUCAAUCUGAUCAUUAACCUCUGCAAAUCAUCAAUAAGCCUGAAAACGCCGUGCCAAAAUCUUAUACAAGAUAUCAUUGACAAAGAAGGGCAGCCUCCACUCUGUAUCAUAUCAGAUGUGUUCUUCGGAUGGGCUAGUGAGGUUGCCAAGAGUACUGGGACUGUCAAUGUUACCUUCACCACUUGCGGCGCGUAUGGCACUUUGGCUUACUCUUCAAUGUGGUUGAACCUCCCUCAUCGACACAAAAUCGAUGAUUCUGGUGAAUUCAACGUGCCCGGAUUCCCUGAUCAUUGUCGAUUUCAUGUCACUCAGUUGCAUAGCUUUUUAAGAAAUGCAGAUGGGUUUGAUUCUUGGUCCAAGUUUAUGCAGACACAGAUAUCUCUGUCUUUGAAGUCAUGUGGAUGGUUGUGUAAUACAAUUGAAGAGAUUGAGCCUCUUGGAUUGCAACGACUUAGAGACUAUGUCAAAGUCCCUAUUUGGAGUAUUGGUCCUCUGCUGCCUCCUGCAGUACUUCUCAAGGAAUCAAGCCCUACACAUUCAAGUAUAAACCGUCAGCGAGCAGGAAAAAUUCCGGGAAUAUCAGCAGAGGAAUGUAUCGAAUGGCUUAAUUCACAUUCAAGUUCUUCUGUUGUUUACAUUUCUUUUGGUUCUCAAAACACAAUUAGUCCAUCUCAAAUGAUGGGGUUGGCAAAUGGAUUGGAGAUGGCGAAGAAACCAUUCAUUUGGGUCAUUAGACCACCAAUUGGUUUCAACAUAAAAGGCGAAAUCAAGCCCGAAUGGCUCCCGGAAGGGUUCGAGGAUCGAAUGAAGAAGAGCAAACAAGGAUUGUUAGUUAAAAACUGGGCACCCCAAUUGGACAUACUGUCUCAUAACUCUACCGGUGCAUUUUUGAGCCAUUGCGGGUGGAAUUCGGUGCUGGAGAGCUUGAGCCAAGGCGUGCCGAUGAUCGGGUGGCCUUUGGCAGCAGAACAAACAUAUAAUUCAAAAAUGUUGGUGGAGGAGAUGGGAGUGAGUGUGGAGUUAACAAGAGGAGUUGAAGGUGUUGUUGAAGGGAGUGAAGUGAAGAGAGUGAUAGAUUUGGUAAUGGAUAAGAAUGGGAUAUUAGGACAGAAUAUGAAAAAGAAAGCUUGGGAGAUUAGAGAACAAAUAAGAGCAGCAGUGAGAGAUGAUGGAGAAUCAAAGGGAUCAUCUGUCAAGGCUUUGAAUGAUUUUGUUAGCGCCAUUCAAAAUCAGAAAAUAAAUGCCUAAUCACCAUAUCAGUUUGCAGUGCAGUUGAAGUUGAUUAGAACAAAUCGUUGCAUUUUGAGUUACUGCAUAUUGCAUCUUAAAGAAGGCAUGAUUUAAUGAACGAUCAUCAAGUUAGGAAAUAAAUUUUAAGAUACCUGUCAAAGUUUCUAUGUUAUUAUUCUCAUUUGAAUCACUAUAUAUAUAUAUAUCACUAGUUCUUA